UGUCAAACUGGUUUAGUUUUUUCUGUGCUUGUACCUGUAGUUAAGUUGGAAUAACAAUUUAAUUUCUGAAAAAUCGUAAAAACCAAAAUACUUUCACAAUCGAUUGAAAAUUAUUAGUGUUUCCAUAAUGGGUGACGGACAAAGUGAAAAUCAGCCUCUGCUGAGAGAUGAGGAGGAGAAUGUCAGCACCAUAUCGCCAAUAGGCCCAGAUGAACUUCCACCGCCUUACCAGCAAGCAGGCACGCCAAUGGUUACUUGCCGGGUUUGUCAAGCGAUGAUUGACAUAUCUGGUAAAAGGGAGCAGCAUGUUGUAAAAUGUUCUGAAUGUAAUGAAGCAACGCCGAUACGGAACGCGCCGCCCGGUAAGAAGUACGUGCGUUGCCCCUGCAACUGCUUGUUGAUCUGCAAGUCGUCGUCGCAGCGCAUCGCAUGUCCGCGCGCGGACUGCAAGAGGAUCAUCAACCUCGCGCCGUCGCCCGUCACGCCGCCCGUGCCCACGUUGCCUGGCAUGCGCCGCGUCAUUUGCGCGCAUUGCCAGGACACGUUUUUGUAUCAACCAUUGAAAAACGCGCCCGUGCGAUGCCCACACUGCCGCAAGGUGUCUUCGGUGGGAGCGCGGAUGGCGCUCGUUAAAGGCACGAUUUUCGCGGUUCUCGCACUCAUAGUUUUGGCGAUAGCUCUUGGAGUCACAUUUGGUACUCUGUCUGCUGCGAAAAGCCACGGAGGAGGUGUCUAUGUAGCAUAUGUAGGGGCCUUCGUUCUCGCUUUACUCCUCGGCAGCCGAGCUAUAUAUUAUUUCGCGAUGAAAGUAAGUAUAAUCGAAGGCCCCAUGUAGAAGGCCGAAGAAAUAAUCUGACUUGUGAUAGUAAGGUUAGGAUGUAUACAUGAAUAUUAUCUUGAUUCCAUAUUGCAUUAUUAUGUUAUAUAAACGUAUGUUUUACUAUAGAUAGGAUCUUGAAACUAUAUAGUGGACUGGACUGUAUCUCAUAAUAGAUACAUUGUGACGUUAGAGUUUGCUAAUACAAUAAAAUAUAAAAUAUGACUCACGUUAUACUGAGUUCUUGUCGUGUCAAGCUCUUGGUCAUCACUUGAAAUAAAACUUCUCUAGAUCGCUAGGCAGGAAAAGAUUUCUACUAAUAUGCCUUAUAAUAUGAAAUCUUUUGAAAGUACUUUGUCUGAUAGUGAACACAUUUCACAAGCUUCCCUCGACGAGAGCUUGGUGUGACGUGAAUUUGUAAUUUAGUUGUGUCCCGAUGAUAAUAACAUUGCUGCUUUGAUAUUUCAAAAGUGCUCAUUUGGUAGAAUAACAUAGGUAAGCAUUCCGUUAUCGUGUGUGUAAGUUUGUUUAUUUUUAUGAAAUUUUAAAGAAAUAUUAUUUGUAGAAAUCACUAUUAAGUAAACUAACAAUAUGGUGAAAGUAGAUUUUGAGCAUUGGCUAUCUUUCUACUUGGUGUUUUUUAUGAGUUCGUCACUCAUUAGUCAUUAGACCUUCAUAAUAUCUGCGCAUAAAUAUGUUAAAUGUGUGUGUAUGUGCAAUAGCCUAUAAAAUAUGUUAUGCGUUCAGAAAUCUCAGAAACCUUGAAAAAAUUACAUAAACAUUUCUGUUAUAUGAAGAUUUGAUAUUAUUUGAGUAAAUAUUUGUUGUUAAUCGAUGAAUAAACUAAGACGGCAUGCCCUGCUACUUGACGACUUGAUUAAAGAAAUUAUUAUGAUACUCCGCACUAACAGCUUUAGUUUCUAACUUUAACCAUUAAAUAUCGUAUAUUAGCUUAAAGAAAAGAAAUCGGUAGCUUAAUGUCCAUGCUGGAGAAAUACAAUCGUCUUAAUCUCCUAAAUAAGAGCUAAAAUCGUAUUAUUUUACUAUUUUAUAUUAAAAUUGAACAUUAGUAUGUAUUGAUAAACAUAAUAUAGGUAUAUCGUGUUAAUGAAAUAACGGAAAAAACAGAUAUGUACCUGAAUUUUGAUGUAAUUUGUCCAAGAGCCCGCGACAGCCAUACCUUCGUCCAAUCAUAAAAGCUGAAAGUUUGUUUCUUUUAGUCUUGUAAGUCAACUGUAUAGGUUAGAACUGGCUGGGGUCGGGGUUGUUUUUGUGAUAUCAGGUAGUAAAAGUGUGUGUAAAAUUGUGUCUGGAAUUUGUCAUAAUACAAAGCUUAUAAUAAUUGUCAUUAUGUAUAUUAUUUUCACAUAUUGUUUUGGUGAUAACUGAUGAUUAGAAACCACCUCGUCCACAACCAUACACUUAAUACGGUUCCAAAUCCCUACCAGACCCUUUAAAGUGGGGGUAAUUUUAAUUAUACUUACGUUAUAGUAUUAAAGCAAAAUUUUACACAUGUUUUUUUGAAAACUAUACAAUAUUAUUUUUCCAAAAUUUUACAAUUGUUUUACAAAUUUCGAUAAUUUGAAAAAAAAAUAUAUUUAUAUAAGGAUGUUGUAUAAUUUUCGCAACAAUAUCUGCCAAAGCCACCGUGAUCCCAAACUUAAUAAGCCCAGGGUCGUUCUUACCUCUACAAUGGGCAUACACCGAGAAACAUUAAUUAAGAUUUUAUUUAUUGACGAAGGUCUGGCUGUCGCUGGUUCUUGUCCUAUAUUGAAAUAAAAUGUGACGUGUAA